AUGAGCAAGUCAAUGCCAUCACAACAAGAGCAGGGUGAAUCUGAAGGUACUGUUGAUGAAGAAAUCGAGAUGGAGCCGAACACAGCUGAGAAGAUCCCGGCCGUUCCAUCUAAGAAUGUUGAGAAACCUCAUGUUGAGACGCCUCCGGUAAAGCCCUACCAACCGAAGGUGCCGUUUCCUCAAAGGUUGAGGCAAGGGAAGAUCAAGGAGAACUUUAAGAAAUUCGUUGAGUUGAUUCAAAAUGUUAACAUUUCUGUUCCGUUAGUUGAUCUCCUUGCAGGUAUGCCCAACUAUGCGAAGUUUCUCAAGGAUCUAAUUUCGGAUAGGAAGAAACUUCAAGAAGAUAAGACGGCAGUCAUGAGUGCCGAAGUUUCAGCGAUAAUAAAGAACGAGAUACCCCCUAAGCUCGAUGAUCCAGGGAAUUUUCUUAUUUCUUGUUCUUUUGGUCUUGAGUUAUAUAAGGCAUUGGCCGAUCUUGGGGCCAGUAUUAAUUUAAUGCCUUAUUCUGUUUACAAAAAGUUGUCUCUUGAAAUGGAGGCAGACAUUAAUGUGCCUCUAAUUUUAGGCCGACCAUUCCUCAUGACCGCGGAUGCUAUCAUCCGGGUCAAGGCCAAGGAAAUAUCUCUAGGUGUCGGUGAUGACCGGGUUGUUUUUAAUGUAGAUAAAGCUCUUAAGCAUCCAUACUCAUAUGGGAUGAUAAGGAGGUGUGUAGCCGAUGAUGAGACACGCCAGAUUCUCGAUGCUUGUCACCAUGGGCCAACUGGUGGACACUAUGGAGCAUCCGUCACUGGUAAGAAAGUUUAUGAUGCUGGUUUCUUUUGGCCAACCGUGUUCAAGGAAGCACAAACCUUGGUAGAGUGGGCCGAGGCGAGAGCCUUGCCAACGAAUGAUGCACGUGUGGUCAUUCAUUUCUUGAAAAAGCUUUUCUGUAGGUUUGGUGUGCCUAAGGCCUUAAUCAGUGACCGCGGAAGUCAUGUCGCGAAUCACCAACUCGCUAAGGUGCUUAAGAGGUACGGUGUCAAUCACCGUUUCAACCUCAUACCACCCGCAAACGAGUGGCCAAGUUGA